GAGCGGAACGGUUAGUCUUCGGCGGUCCGGUGUGCGCGCAGGGUAGCACUUAGCGAGUGCUCUCCACCGCACACUUUUGAACAGACCACGCGCUUUCCCACAAAUGUCAAGUUUUGGUCGGCUUCGCUUUUGCCGUUACUACGACGCGAAUUUCGGGUAGAAACUUAGGCGCGCGUCUUUCUGUUGUGUUCCUCAAUCUGUACAGUGUUUCUGGGACGUAUUCAAGAAACCGAUCUCCUCAUCUCCCGUGUCCGUGUUCAUCGAUUGCUACUGCGUAAGAAGACUGUGCUCGGUUGAUCGAAACGGCCAGCGACCUAUGACUGGAAAGUGAAAUUGACGCGUGUUCCCGUAUUCUGAAAGAGCAGUCGUUUCAUCGUGGCAAUGACUGUAGUUUUCCGCCGCGUAACGCCGACUGUGUUGAACACGUGCGUUGCACGUUAUCGAUGAGCGGUCCUAAUCGACGCGGUCGCCUCAUCGAGGCAGCCUGACUGCCACUCUUCCGGAUUACUUCAGUACUGUCCCGGAAAACAGUCAACCGUUAUGACAGCUGCUUGCCGUUUUUACUUCACGUUGAUGCUGUCGGCUUGCCUGCUGCCCUGGUGCAGCCCCAGCGCACAGGGCACCCGUGCUGAGAGGGUGUUCUCCCAACUGAAAGCACUGCGCGAAUGCGAGCAGCGAGCGUUCUAUGACUCCCGUAACAAGAACGACACCGCCGGAUGCGACUGGAGGUUCGACGGCUGGCACUGCUGGCCACCGACCGCACGGGGUGUCGUGGCCCGAGCGCCCUGUCCUGUUCUCCUACCUGGAGUUGUAAAUUCUUCAGGCACGGCGUUCUACCACUGCCUCACGCAAGGUUCUUGGAAAGGCCCACUCGCCCACUACGGCUAUUGCACAACUAAGCUAAACCCCGACCCAGAAUUAAAGCUCCUGUGGGACAUUACUGACGAAAUCGGGGAGUACGUUCCUUGGGAGCAGAGUUCGCCGCGUGGUGAAAACUGGAUGUGGGAGCAGAAGAUCCACCACUUCAAGCAUUGCCUGGAGCACGUUCUUCUCAAGCCAUUUCCGGAACAGGGCGUCAAUGAUUCCUUUUGUCCCCGAACGUGGGACGGCUGGAACUGCUGGGAUGACACACCUGCAGGUCAGACUGCUUUCGCCCCCUGCCCACAGUUCGUGGCUGGAUUCAUUUCAUCGAGACAAGCGCACAAGCUGUGCACGGCCAAUGCCACAUGGUUCCGUCAUCCAAUCACAGGAAUCAUCUGGUCCAACUACACAGCAUGCGUAGACACCCACGACCUUCAGUUCCGGAACUUGGUCAAUUCCCUGUACGUGACAGGAUACUCCAUAUCGCUCGUCGCUCUCCUCAUAUCAAUCUUCAUAUUUUGUUACUUCAGAGCACUACGCUGCCGGCGGAUUACUAUUCACAAAAACUUGUUUACAUCGUUCAUAAUUAACAACCUCUGCUGGAUUUUGUGGUACAUCAACGUCAUCGCACAACCACACGUUAUCGAGGAGAAUCCGAAAUGGUGCCAGGUUCUGCAUGUGGUGACGCAGUACUUUCUGCUAUGCAACUACCUUUGGAUGUUCUGCGAGGGCCUGUAUUUACACACGCUGCUAGUUCUUGCAUUCAUCGCCGAGGACAACAUCAUUAAGUGGUUCUUGCUGAUUGGAUGGGGUUUCCCUUUGAUUCCAGCCAUUGGUUACGGAGUAACCCGGGGCCUAGACAAUGAAGCAUCAAGGAUGUGCUGGGUUGAACACGACGUCUGGUACACGUACAUACUCAGCGUUCCCGUUUGCAUCUCAAUACUGUUGAGCUUCGCAUUUCUCGUGAACAUAGUGAGAGUCCUGGUGACAAAACUUCGAGCUGUGAACUCUCCUGACAAUGAGAGCACAAGGAAAGCUGUGCGGGCAACAGUAAUCUUGCUUCCCCUGUUGGGCUUGCAUUACGUCGUGACACCCUUCAGACCAGACAAGGGUUCUAUAUUCCUUGCUUACGAGAUUAUAUCAGCACUGGUCACGUCCUUGCAGGGACUCUGCGUUGCCCUUCUUUUCUGCUUCUUCAAUGGAGAGGUUCUGGGCGUCCUUCGCAAGACCCUGUCACAGUCACCUUGGUUUUCGUACGAGGGCCGACGGAUGUCUUAUGCAAAUACGAGUAUAAGCCGCCGCUAUCACAGCUUGCGCUCCAAACUUUCCUCGCCAUCAGCACCAGGUCCUCCGCAUUCAUUUUAUGCCAAGGCACUCACCUGACGGCAGAAGUCCGUCGGCUUCGCCCAACCAUCAGCAGACCAUGCUGUAAGACGCCGAGUGUAGAAGACUCAAGGGUUUCGUGCUCCUUUAGUGUGUUUGGUCGAACUGCAUCGCAGUGCUAUGCACGCAGUCGCACAAGCCUGGUGACACAUGCAAUCAUCUUCAAGGAUGUCGGUUCUUGGAAGCAAAGACCCCGGUUGUCACGGUGGACGUUAGGAUUAACACCACCGACCCUAUGUCAUCGCUGCUGCACAAUGUUUGUUACUUCAUCGCGGUGUUCUUUUCCCGCGAAUACGUACUUUUGUCUGUACUUGUAUUUAAUGAGAAUAUCCCAGAAGCAUUCCAAUAUUUUGUGAAAACUAGCUUUGAGCGCAUGUCAUCAUUGCGCAGAAGCAACAUUUGCGCUUUGAGGCUCCGGACAAACGGAGCGAGCUGCUCUGACCGCAUCAGCGGCUCAAAGUUGCUUAAGUAAACAUGGUUUGUGAUUGACCAUUACCAAUUUUCCUGAAGUUCAGUAUAAUAAAAUG